AUGAGUGAUGGAAAUUGCAUAGAAUUAAAUAUUUUAAGUAACUAAAAAUACGUUGGCAAGCAGGAAAACUAUCAUUAAUCAUAAUAAUAGUAAUCUAUUUUGAGCUUAGAAUUACCUUUAGUUAAAAAUGAAUACUCAACAAAGAUGCUUAAAAACCAUAUUUAUAAUCAUAGCACUUAGCAUCAAAAUAGCUAAGAAUUAUUUCAGUCUCCAAAAGAUUACUUUUCAAUAAUUAGAUUAGUUUUAUUCUACAUUAUCAUGUUUUUUGGCAUAUUAAUUGGCAGCUUUAUUAUUUAUAAAAUGGUUAUAGUACUCUUUAGCUUUAUAAGCUCAGUCUUAUUUGAAAAAGAUUCAUGA